AAGGCGACUGCAGAGGCGAUCGAAGAAGAAGUCAUUAAGGAUGCUCCGGAGUCUUCCGAGCAGGAGGUCGAGAGCGCUGAAGAGGAGCCCACACAGCAGAUGGAGGACCUUGUUAAGACCCCUGAGGAGCAAAAGGCCGCUGCAGAGGAGGUCGAAGACAGGCACGCUGCUGUGCAGGAGCUCGAGAGUGCCGAUGAGGAGACUGCAGAGCAGGCCGAGAACAGCGUUGAGGACGCUGAGGAGCAGGAGGCCCCUGCAGAGCAGGUCAAGAAAAUCCUCAAGGACCCUGUGCCGAAGAAGGUCGAGAGCGCCGACGAGGAAGCUGAAGAGCAGAAGGCCAUUGCAGAGCAGGUCAAGAAAAUUGUGAAGGACGCUGAGUUGCCGAAGGUCGAGAGCGCCGACGAGGACGCUGAGGAGCAGAAGGCCACUGCAGAGAAGGUGAAGAAAAUCGUUGUGGACGCUGCGCCGCCGAAGGUCGAGAGCGCCGAGGAGGACCCCUUAGAGUCCUUGGAGUCCAAGGUCAAGCACGCUGUCGGGGAGUUGGUUGCAACGAAGGUGGAAGAAGAGACACA